AUCCGCAUCAACGGUUACCUAGCGCCUGUCACGUUCUCUCAUUUGGAGGGAGAGAGAGAGCGAGAGAGAGAGAGAGAGAGAGGUUUCUCACAGGGCUUCUCCAAAGCUCUCUAGGCUAGGGCGAGAGAGAGAGAAGAGGGCUUGGCAUUCGUUCUCUAGGGUUUUUGGGGAAAGAAAAAAGAAUGGUCUGUCGUGCUCUUCUUCUUGCCUAGUAGAUCGCGCAGCGCCGUCGCCAGAUCUGCUAUCUCUCUUAGCUCGGGCGCCGAUUCGAUCCAUCGCGGCUAGAUUUGCGGGAGUUUCCCCAGGGUUUCGCAGAUCUCCCUCGCUCGACAAUGGGUCGCGGUGUGAGCAGUGGUGGAGGGCAGAGCUCCCUGGGCUACUUGUUUGGAUCUGACGAGCCGGCCAAGUGCUCCAGACCUUCGGCCCCGCCUCCGCCGCAGCAGCAACCUCCCGCCGCUGCCGCCGCCGCCGCUGCUGCCGCGACGCCGCCUCCAGCCGGCAUUUCGAGAAAUCAUCCCACUCCAACGCCCACGCAUGCCCCGGCCGCUUGCAAGCACGAAGAGAAUGGCGACGCUGGUGUUGUCAAGCUAGGCAGGAACAACAACAAUUACCACCGCGCUGAUGGCCAAAACACUGGCAACUUCAUCACGGACCGCCCAUCGACCAAAGUCCACUCGGCUCCCGGCGGUGGUUCUUCGCUCGGCUAUCUCUUCGGCGGGAAGUGAGUGAGAGCCCGGCUCCGUGCCACGAUACAAUCUUUCUGUCUGGAAAGAAAGAGGUUUGGCACUCUUAAUAUCAUGGGUGGUUGUGGUGUGUGAGCAAAGAUCCGAAAACAAACCAAAAAAAAUGGAGAAAACAUUACUAUACAGGCAUUCCUCGUCGUAAUAAUUCCUGGAAAGUGUGUAUGUAUGUAGCAGCUAUACUUUGCGAGCUGCAAAGACGAUAUCAUCAAAUCACAAACGUUUCGUUUUGGAAAAAA